AUGAUGUUCCAUUCUCGAUCGUCUACUACUUGUGUGAUCAUAUUAUUCAUUCACCAUGGCAAACGUUUCAGCUGUGCAACUUCUCCAGGCCGCGAAGUUUGUGCUCAGCAUCGCCGCCGGAGGAUUUCUUCUCGUUUGCCAGCAGCCCAUGGACUUCCCCAUUUUUGUUGCCGCCAUGUACCUCCUGGUGAUCGCAGCCUUCCUGCUGCUCUACUUCUCGCUGGGCCGUCCACAGCUGGGAUCGACAGUCGCCACCACCGCCGUUGGCUUCCGGGUUUCAGCUGACCGACUGCUCAACACUGCCAAGUCCGUGCUCUGCAUCGCCGCCGGAGGAUUUCUUCUCGUUUGCCAGCGGCCCAUGGACUUCCCCAAUUUUGUUGCCGCCAUGUACCUCCUGGUGAUCGCAGCCUUCCUGCUGCUCUACUUCUCGCUGGGCCGUCCACAGCCGGGAUCGACAGUCGCCACCACCGCCGAUGGCUUCCGGGUUUCAGCUGACCGACUGCUCAACACUGCCAAGUUCGUGCUCUGCAUCGCCGCCGGAGGAUUUCUUCUCGUUUGCCAGCGGCCCAUGGACUUCCCCAAUUUUGUUGCCGCCAUGUACCUCCUGGUGAUCGCAGCCUUCCUGCUGCUCUACUUCUCGCUGGGCCGUCCACAGCUGGGAUCGACAGUCGCCACCACCGCCGAUGGCUUCCGGGUUUCAGCCGACCGACUGCUCAACACCGCCAAGUUCGUGCUCUGCUUCGCCACCGGAGGAAUUCUUCUCGUUUGCCAGCGGCCCACGGACUUCCGCAGCUUUGUCGCCGCCAUGUACCUCAUGAUGAUCCUAGGCUUCCUGCUGCUCUACCUUUCCCUGGCUCGUCCUCAUCUGGGAUCCACAACGGCGACGACCGCCGCCGAUGAUUCCUGCGUUCCAACAGAGCAGCUUCUCAAGGUUGCAUAGUUCGUGCUCGCCAUCUCCAACGGAGGUUUACUUCUUGUUUGCCAGUCGCCCAAGGACUACCCCGUUUAUGUGAUGACCAUGUACCUCCUGAUGACACUCGGCAUCCUUCUGCUCAACCUUUCCAUGUGUCGUUCACAGAUGGGACGGACAACGAUCUCCGAUGGUUCCCAAUGAGCCAAACAAUUACUGUUCCUGCACGCCCUCCUUUUCCCUCCGACACCCUCAGUGAUCGCUGAAUGAUUUGCGUCGAUGUGCAUCACUGGCGGCGGAAUUAGUUUCUGUUAGCUUGGAGUUCAGCAGUCGUUGGUGUUCGUUCUACUUUGCUCGAGUGUUUUCCUUCCUUCUUUUUCUUUUCUUCCUGUCUUAAUUUAGAAUGAACCCACAGGCGUGUAAUUUCUCAUCUAAACGGGAUUAAUUGAGAUUCCCAUAUAAGAUUGAUUCAAUCAGUAUUAUCCUC